CUGCGAAUCACCGGUUUGGGAACAGACGCAUCGUCGACGGCAUUGGUUCGAAGAAGAGAAUCUGACUAAGAAACAGAGCUCUAACUUAAGUAAUUCACUUAAUUUAUUCACGAAAUUGUUUGGAUUAUUUUUUCCACCUUGGGCUGUGAGUUUCCACGGGGCGAACGAAUCUGUUGCUCGGACCUUCACAGGCGACGGCGCGCAAUGAGCGGAAUCCUCGCAGAGCAAAAGUUUUCUAGCGUUUCGUCCGACUUGCUUCGCUCAUCGGUGUUUGAACAAGCACCUGAAAAAAGCCUACAUACCCCUCCGGAGUCUGAAGUCGCUGGCAUGAGUUACUAUAGUGGGCAUACGUCGCAUAGCCACCAGGACUACUACCAACCAUAUUCCCAUUCGAUGAGUCCAUAUUCUUAUCAACAGUACAACCCAAAUGGAUUAGGAGCAUCAAGUGGAUAUUCCAUGAAGACGGAGUAUCCUUAUUCUCAUCCGUACAGACAAUAUGGACAUUACUGUAGGGAAGUACAUACACCCCAAGACACAGUAAAAGAAGAACCGGAAACUGAAGUGCGAAUGGUCAACGGAAAACCAAAGAAAAUUCGCAAGCCACGAACCAUCUAUUCCAGUUACCAGCUGACAGCUUUGCAGCGGCGCUUCCAAAAGGCACAGUAUCUGGCCCUGCCGGAACGGGCAGAGCUUGCGGCGCAGCUAGGACUUACCCAGACACAGGUGAAGAUAUGGUUCCAGAAUCGCCGGUCUAAGUUCAAGAAACUGUACAAAAACGGAGAACUAUCACUGGAUCAUAGUCCGAACGCCAGCGACUCGAUGGCAUGCAACUCGCCCCCCUCCCCUGCAGCAUGGGAUUCCAGCACACACACUAACGCAGCCAACAGAGGGCAGAUUCCUCCACCGCUCCAUCCUUCUUCACCGCCUUUUGUAGACGAUUGCAGCCAGCACUGGUAUCAGCAAGCCUCCCAUUUAGGCGUUCAGCACCCGAGUUCGGUUCACCAUACGCCACCCUCUACGCAGCAUGCCUAUUGACCUUUGUGGGCGCUCUACAGUGAAUUUAAGAUCCAUCAUGACAUUGGACUAUUUUCAUGUCGUCCGUCCGUUGGAUGAAAGGAAUAUUACGGAUAUAACGUUGUUGUUGUUUUGGUAAUGUUUUUUUGUUUGCACUGUCAUUUUGCUUACCAUUUUGGCAGCAUUUAAAUCUUGCUACUGCAUGCGCUGUCAGUGUUCUUAGCAUUUAGAUCAGAGUAUUUAAACUUUGGGCUUUUGUAUCAGAAUGCCUUUUUAAAAACUUUGCAGGUGGUACACUAGCCUACUACAUUUUUUAAAUUUUCAAUUAAUGUUAUCAGGAUGGUUUUGCUUUUGAGAGGGUGUUCACUGUUAAGACAAAGCAAUAUAUUUUACACAGACCUAUUAGUAUUAGGCCAUUUAAAUUGAUUGAUCAAUCGAAACAGUAAACACAUUAGGCCUACACAAUUGACUCAUUUGUGUUAAAUAAACCAGUAUUGUAACUGCAAUUUGUGCGAAUUCUAGGCAAGGUACUGUUUUACAUUUUGGUAAGUAGGCUAUAAUAACGUGAAAGUAAACAUUUUUUUAAAUCUGUGAAGCAGACUACUUUUGAACAGAAAAAGGCCUAAAUCAGUCCCAUUCGAUGAUGGACAGGUAGUUACCACUUGUCUUAGAAGUAGGCUAACCCAACAGAACCAGUUAUUUCAGUUAAA